AAAUUGUGAACCAUUAUUAACAAGCAUAAGUGGUAAUGAAAUUGAUGAAAUUGACUUAACAAAUAUGUUAACGAUCUUUGAUGAAGAGGAGGAGGAUGAUAUAGUUGAUUUGAAUGAAGAAUCAGAUCUAAUAACAACUAUUAAUAGAGAAAAAUAUAAUUCACUUUGUGUUGAGAAUAAAAAUAUUACUGACUUACCAAAUGAAGUACCAAAAAAGAAUCAAAUGUAA